AAAUGGAUAAAGUACCACUCGGAUUUGACUCGUUUUCUUUCCAGCAAGAAUCGAAUAUUCCGCAUUAUAUUAGUCGAUCACCAUUUAUAUUAGUCGAACAAAAAACCGCUGAACGUAGAUCAUUUAUUUAUGAUCAGAAACAAGAAAUACGAAUCAAAGCAAAAUAUUUCUUUCCUGAUUCUAAAUUAAUUUUCAGUAAUAUAUUACGCAACGAAAAAGAAGGUAUUGCACUGGCUGUAUAUAAGGACAAUGAACUGAUCGUCGACUUGUGGGGAGGAUAUGCUGAUAGAAGUAUUAACCGACUAUGGAAGAGGAAUACAAUGUCAAUGACAUUUUCCACUACGAAAGCCAUUGGAGCGCUUAUUAUUGCAAUACUAGUGAGCAGGAAUUAUCUCAGAUACGAUACUUAGAUUAGCGAUUUUUGGCCUGAAUUUGCAGCAAAUGGUAAAAAAAAUAUCACCGUGCAGUGGAUAAUUGAGCAUAAGGCAGGUUUGAUAGCAUUCAGCGAAGAAAUACCAUUAGAACGAGGAAACGACCACGAGUAUAUUGCGAAAUUAAUCGAACAGUCAAAGCCUCAUUGGCCACCUGGGACAAAAAUUGGUUAUCAUGCGAUAACUCUUGGCUGGCUUGUUGAUCAAAUAAUAAGACGGACCGAUCCAAAAAAUCGUGGUGCAAAGCAAUUUUUUGAAGAGGAAAUACGACCACUUAUGAGAGACAAGGAUUUUUUCCUGGGAUUGCCGAAACAGCAACAUUAUCGAGUCGCUAAAGUUAUACAACCAAACAUUUUCGAAGUACUAAGAGCUAUUGCAACACACAAGCAGCAUUAUUUGUUUUUAUAUCACACAGUUCGUGAAUGGAAUUUCUUGAUGGCAAUAUCGGCAUCAACACCAAAAUGGUUGAGCGUGAUCCAGAUUUCAUUGCCUUACAAUAAUCCAGAUGUUCAAGAAAUCACUAAUAUCGCAUCGAAUGGAAUCGGAACGGCUAGAGGAUUAGCGUCCGCUAUUUCAGCAAUUUUGAAGAACAAUUUGAUAAGUGAAGAAGUUUGGGUUAAAUUAAAGAGACCUGUCAGCUACGAAAGAGACAUCUGUGACCAUCGCACAAUGAAUCGCGGACAUGGACUAUAUUAUAUUAAUCACCCAACUCAACGAAAGUCAUAUCUUCUAAUGCAUGAGGGCCACGGACAACAACGUGUAAUUUUUGAUCCCGAAAGAAAGAUCGUUAUUGCGCUUAUAAGAAAUGGUUUGUUAUGGGAUUUUUCGGUAGGACAAGAAACAGAAAAAAUUGCCGAACGAAUAUUACAGUCGUUGGAUU